GCCACCCCUACCUCACUCACGCCCAUCUCCUCCUUCCCUUCCAUUCCGUUCUAGAAGGCUCGCACCGCCGCACACGCGCGCGCCCCUCCACUAUAUAAACCUCUGCUCCCGCCGGCAUCAUCUCCACACUCCACACUCUGCUGUGCUCUGACUUCUUCCUCUGCUUCUUGCAAACACAUCCACGUCUACUGUCGGGCGAGAGCGCUGAGAUCCGCCCGGGAUCCAUCCAUGGACCACGUGCACCACGAGACGAUGCUGAGGCGGCCGGCAUCGGGCCACGAGGCGGCGCUCCGGUCCAUCAAGAAGCCGCCGUCCAAGCCGUGGCGCGCCGGAGGCCUGGCACCGUCGCCGACGCCGCCCAAGGUGUACCGCGUGGAGCCCAGGGAGUUCAGGGACCUUGUGCAGAGGCUCACGGGCGCGCCCGCCGCGGGACUGCAGCAGCACCAGCACGCCGCGGUGGCGCCUACGCUGCCCGUGGCCGUCCGCGUUGGCACCGGCGCCACCGGACAGGAGACGGUCGGGCCGAUGCACGCCGCUGCGCCGUGGCUGUCGUUCCCGCUCGUUGCCCCGGCGGCGGCCAUGCACCCCCGCCUCGACGGCAACCAGCUCAUGUAAUAACUUUCAACUGUACGACUGCAUCCGCUGCUGAUGCUCUUGUACAUCCUUCUUUAUUUCUUUCUCUAGGACUAGGUUGCUAGCGCGUUAAUUUUGAGGGAUGAGCCUAGUAAAAAAAAAUACUUUUAAUCUUGUUACCUCGAAGAGUAAGGUAGACACACUAGUUUCCUCUGAUGCAUUGCUCUCCUCAUUUCAAAUACUACGCCCUGUUAACUAUCUGACCUCGCCCUUAAUAAAUUACACUAUGUAAUUACUAUAUCAGUUAUUUAUGAAUUCUGAUUCGCCAUCGAAGACUUUCAAACGUUGAAAUAAAACAGGUGGAGGAGAGAUUUCAAAAUAGGUUAAGUAGUUGUAAAGUAAAAUUACUAACUUUUUGCGGAAGAUUAGUUCUUAUCAAUUAGCUACUAAGUAAUAUGGUGAUGUAUUAGAUCUCACUAUCCUGUAGUUGGACUAAGUUGGACCAAUGGUUGAUCGCGGCGGCGGCUUGUAUAGUGUGUGCAUGAGGUGGUCGCUAAAAAGUCUGAUAAACCAGACGAGCGCUUCGGUUUUCUCUAGAGGGUUUGGUAUGCAAUUUUACGGUUUUUAGUUGGUGAGAGGUUUUCGCGGUUUCCGGGUUUUCGUGUCACGUUGUGGCUUUGGAUUUUUAAUGUACGAUUUUGUGUCAUAAUUUCGUUAAAUAAUAUAAUAAAAAAUACCUUAUGAUGCAGAGGUUGCA